AACUAUAAAAGGGAUUUACAAACAUCACCUUAUCUUUAACCGUCGCCAAGGCUAUUUAUUUUGUUCUUGUAUUUAAUAAAUGUUAAGAUGUUAGUGCUCGCGACAUUUUUUAUUCUCUGUGUUGCUUACGUAUUGCUAAAUUAUUAUAAUAAGCUGUGUUAUUGGAAAGACAAGGGAAUCAGAUAUGUGACGCCGUUGCCUAUCUUUGGCAACUCGUUGCCCACACUUCUCCAAUCUGUGACUUAUCCAGAAUACAUCAUUGAUUUAUAUAAACAAUUUCCAAAUGAGAGAUAUUGCGGAACAUAUCAGUACGGUCAACCAAUUCUUUUGUUGCGAGAUUUAAAUUUAAUCAAAAGAAUACUUACUAAGGAAUUCGACACGUUCUCGGAACACCCACAGUCUUCUGAACCAAAUGAAGAUACUCUUUGGGGCAAGAAUCUCUUCGCUGCAAAGGGAGAAACAUGGAGGCAACUGAGAAAAACCAUAAGCCCUAUGUUCACCACAAGCAAUAUCAAAUCAAUGUUUGAACUUAUAGACAAAUGCGCUACGCAACUAAUGAAAUAUUUAAGUGAGAAAAAUGAAGACGUCAUCGAAAUAGAGCUCAUGGACCUUUUCAAAAGAUACUCCUCAGAUACCAUAGCGUCUGUUUCCUUCGGAAUUGAGUGCAACUCAUUUAAAGACAGAAACAAUGAUUUUAUAAGAAUGGGAGCAGAGUUGACCAAUUUCGGUGGAUUACAGAAACUGAAACAGUUGCUGUAUACGGUGAACCCAACAAUUGCAAAGUUACUGAAUGUAAAAAUGCAUCCCGACAACGUAUCGAACUUUUUCCGGAACUUGGUGAAAAAUUCGAUACGAAAUCGUGAGGAUAAGACAGCUGUGAGACCAGACUACAUACAAUACCUUAUAGAAUCCAGGAAAGGAGCAUGCAAAGAAAGAGAGAAUACACAAAAAGUCACUAAAGCAGAAUUUGAUGCAACCAAAGAAACAAAUUGGGAUCCAAUAAACAAGAAAUUCGCUUCGAAGCUUAGUGAUGAUGACAUAACAGCACAAGCUAUAGAUUUCUUCUAUGGGGGAUUCUAUUCCACUGCUUCUUUGAUGUAUUUUUGCGUUUAUGAACUAGCGAUCAAUCAGGAGAUACAGGAGAAAUUAAGAAAAGAAGUGGAUGAAGCCUUACAGGAUUGUGGAAAAAUUAAUUUUGAUGCUUUAGUUAGAAUGAAAUAUUUGGAUAUGACCAUUUCAGAAACUCUUCGUAAAUGGCCUACUACAACGUGGAUAGAUCGAAAGUCUAAUAAAUCCAUAGUUAUAGAACCUGAAGAUUUCAAUAUGGAGCGACCUCUUUAUUUAGAGGUAGGUACUAUAUGUUGGAUUCCCGUUUUUGCAAUCCAGAGGGACCCUAAAUACUGGCCUGAUCCGAAAAAAUUCGAACCAGAACGAUUUAGUGAGGAUAAUCUGGAGAAAAUAUGCAAUUCAUCUUUUUUACCUUUUAGCGCUGGACCUAGAAGUUGCGUAGGUUCAAGAUUUGCAUUAUUGGAGGCGAAACUUGUAAUUUUCUAUAUAAUUUCAAAAUUCGAAGUUAUACCAACUGAAAAAAGUGUUUCGAAUAAAAAUCCACAUCUAACAUCAAGCAGCAGCUUUUGGUUUGGAUUCAAAAAAAGAUAAAUGCCACAAAAUUGCAGAAUUCUAACAUAACAACAUUUAAAUUAGUUACUUUGUUUUUAUAAUGCCUACAAAAGGCAAUAAGUUCGGUAUUAACAACUAGACGCUCCAGAUGUGUUUUGUUCUUUUCUAAUUGUAGGAGAUGAAAAGACAAAGAGCUACAUCUAGAGCCUCUAGAUGUCAAUACCGAACUUGCCUAAAGUAUAAGUAUAUUUUUAAUUUUGUAAUACCUAUAUCUACGUAUUUUCAUUCAUAAAUAAAAAAUCGAAAAAAAAACAGA